AUAACUUGCUGUAGGAAGUUGAUAUCUUCAAUCCGUGAGAUAACGUGGAUUUUUGAGAGAUUGGCGAUUAAAUUAAGGUGACCGUUUGUCAAUCGGAAUUCCAGGUUACCACGAACUUUCCUUGCCUCCUUCCUUUCCAUUCCCUUCUUAAUUUACUUUCUCUCAAGUCUUGUCCUCCCAAUUUUCUAUUAAUGUCAGUUAAUAUGGGCUCUUCACAAUAACAUUGCAUAACUUCUUCUUCUUCUAUCUUCAAAUUUCAAUGGGUGAAAGUCGAAAAUGAUAGAGAAAGAUACUUUCCUUAAUAAAUCAAUAGCAUGGACCCGCUGUUGUCUCCCACUAUAAUCUCUAUUAGGAAUAGCUAGCUUCAAACAGGCAGACAAAAUCAAUUCAGAGGAGACCCUGAAUCCUGAAUAUAACAUUUAAUAGUUACUAGAUCUCAAUUGUAUUUAUUUUAUCAAUGGCUGGUAUGCUUCCUGGCGUUGAAUGUGCUAGAAGAAGACGUUUCCAUCAAAGUGGAGGGUCAUCUGAUUCACCAAGCGUUGCUGCAAUUGGGUCGACAAGGAGGUCCUCUUUUUGUUUGUAUACAAGCAACCAUGACACUCAUCAUAGCUCUGUUUCUUCACAGCAAAGGAGCAUAUUAUUUCAGGCCUAUCAGGAUGAGAAGCUAGGAGGGGUAGCAAGAGAAGCUAAGGAAAGAUUAGAUGAGAGGCUGAGAUCACAAAGAAAAUCAGAACCCAAAAGGCAAAAUAACAAAGAAAGUUUGAAGGGCGUGGAUGGGAGAAGUUUGAUUCAGAGGGAGUUGCAUACAGAAGUGGUUGGAUCAAGGAAGAGUGGUCAGAAGAGGUUCAGUUGGGCCAAGUUGAGUUGGAAGUCCUCGGAUCAGGAUGAGUGUGCCAUUUGCUUGGAACGGUUCAAGGCUGGUGAGACCCUGGUUUAUCCCCCGUGUGCACAUAGGUUUCACUCAAGGUGCCUGGUCCCAUGGGUAGAGAAUAAUGCUCACUGCCCAUGUUGUAGAAUGGGAAUCCUACGUUGAAUAAAUCAUUGUUCUUCCCAUAUUGUAGAAUGAGAGAAUAAGGAUGUUGAUCAUAAGAUACCAAGUUAGUAAUCACCAGAAUUUUCUGUUCUUUCAAGAUAUAAAAUCUUUUGUCAUUUUCACUUAGAUUUAAGUCACCUCACUCAAAUAACAAUUCCCGUGAAAAUUACAACGAAAUAAAACAAAAGAAGAAUUAAAAUUUCUAGUUUUAAUCUCAUUCAUUUUAGCACAUUGUUUAUGUAGUAAAAAGUUAGAAAAUAGCAGACUCUUGACUGGACCUUUUUCACAAUUAGUAGUUCACAUCUUUAGCAACAUCUUUUCCCCCAAAUGCUGUUAAGAAGUUUUAUUAUACCGUCAAGUUAAUGUAAAGAAAAUAUAGUGUUAAAACCAAAUAUAGUGUUAAUUCUAGUAAUCAAAGUUUAGUAUUUGAUAUUUAAAACAUAGUGAUAAUUUCAAUGAUCAGAGCUUAAUAUUUGAUAGCUUUAAAUAAAAAAUUUAUUUUUGAUUCAACCAUGACUUUGUUUUCACGUAGUCAGCUAAUUAACUCCCAUUUCAAUUAGUGGAAUGGUGUUAUCUCAUCUAAGUUGCAAAACCUAGAAAUUUUAUUUGAAGAUUUUGGAUUUAAAAUUUAAAACAAAACCAAACAAAACAGCAUGAGAUUUAUGAAAUGAAAGAGAUUUUUAUACAUAAAAAU